AUGGACAGUGCCAUAGAUUCGCUGAAUAAUGCAUAUCAGGAGUAUAUUGCAGGAGCCACCUUUCUAGAAUCAAAAGAAAACUCGUGUAGCCUAAUGACGGUGGCCAGUGAUGCUGACCUAGAGAAUUUUAAGCAACGAUGGGAAUUGUUCAGAGUUGUUUGUGAUCUAGCAGAAGAGUUCGUUGAAUCCGUGAAGCAAAGAAUAGGGUCUGAGUGUCUAGUGGAUGAGGCUACUAGCUCGAUUUGUUCUGGAACUGGAGGUGGUUCAUCGCAACCCCACCCUACAGCUCCUUUUGAUGCUCGAUUCACUGAAGAUGCUGGUCAAUAG